AUGGACAGAACAUUGCUCCUGAAACUGCUCACUCUUGUUGCUCUCCUAGGAUGUUCAUCAGCUUCUGAUCAUUUGGUUAAUGUCUCCAAGUUGGAGAUGUUUGUGGAUGAGCUUCCAGAUAUGCCCAGAAUCCAUGGCUAUCACGUUUUGGAUGGUGUCCCAAAAUCUAAAUCUUUCAAGAUUGGGAUGUUCAAGAAGAAAUGGAAAUUCCACAGAGAUCUGCCUCCAACCACAGUGUACGCUUUUGGAAGAACCAAGCACACAGCAACCGUUCCUGGUCCAACGAUCGAGGCCCUUCACGGGGUUGACACGCAUGUGAGGUGGCAGAAUCAUCUCCCUCCAAACCACAUACUUCCGUGGGACCCAACGAUCCCCACAGCGAUGACCAACACCACACGUGGCAUCCCCACCGUGGUCCACCUCCACGGUGGGAUCCACGAGCCAGAGAGCGACGGAAAUGCCAAUGCAUGGUUCACUUCGAAAUUCAACCAAAGGGGACCCACGUGGACCAAGAAAACAUAUCACUACCCAAAUCAUCAACAACCGGGAAAUCUAUGGUACCACGACCAUGCCAUGGGGUUGACCCGAGUCAACCUUCUAGCCGGUUUACUUGGCGCUUACAUCAUUCGCCACCCUGCCAUCGAGAACCGGUUAGGGUUACCCGCCGGUAAUGAAUUCGAUCGACCGUUGAUCGUCUUCGAUCGUAGCUUCCGCACCGACGGUUCCAUCUUCAUGAGUUCCACCGGGAAUAACCCCAACAUACACCCUCAGUGGCAGCCUGAGUACUUCGGUGACGCCAUCAUCGUCAACGGCAAAGCGUGGCCGCGCCUCACGGUACGACGUCGUAAGUACCGAUUCCGCAUAAUCAACGCCAGCAACGCCAGGUUCUUCAGAUUUUUCUUUUCCAACGGCCUGAGAUUCACACACGUGGCGUCCGAUUCGGCAUACAUCGAAAAACCCGUAACGACCAAUGAGACUCUGGUGGGGCCAUCUGAGAUCACAGACAUCGUCGUUGACUUUUCUCAAUCGAAGACUAACGUCGUUAUUUUAUCUAACGACGCAAAGUACCCGUACCCUUCUGGUGACCCCGUUAACGAGGCUAACGGCAAGGUUAUGAAGUUCAUCAUCCUACCCGAUCAAGAACUUGACACGUCACGGAUUCCUCGACGGUUGCUGGAAUACCCCGUGCCGGAUUUAUCCAGUGUGGCGAACACACGGUAUGUAGCUAUGUACGAGUACGCGAGCGAUAUCGAUGAGCCAACCCACUUGUACAUCAAUGCAAAACCGUACGAUGCACCGGUUACGGAAACCCCGAGGGUGGGGUCGACGGAGGUGUGGUAUGUGAUAAACUUGACGGAGGAUAAUCACCCGCUUCACAUUCAUCUGGGUUUGUUCAAGGUGCUGGAUCAGACGGCGCUGGUGGAACUGGAAGAGUUCAAGGAGUGCAUGACGAAAAUGAACGACGCGGUGAAGUGCGAGGUGGAGAAGCACGCCCGUGGGAGGAAAGUGGCGGUGCCAGGUCAUGAGAAAGGGUGGAAGAAUGUGUUCAAGAUGAUACCGGGCCAUGUCACGAAGAUUGCGGUGAGGUUUUCUUACAUACACACCAAUGCUUCGUAUCGGUUUGAUGCAACCACGGAACCUGGCUACGUCUACCAUUGCCAUGUAUUGGAUCAUGAAGACAACGCUAUGAUGAGACCCUUGAAAAUCAUCCACUGA